AUGAGUGGGGCUAUUUCACGUCGGCUGACUGUGGUAAAACAAACUAGACUAAAACAUCGCUAAAAAGGUGCACGAGGGAGUAAACCGCUCUAUUUAUACCAUUAACUCCUAUUGAAGUUCUUUUUUUAACGCUCAGUGCUAACUCUCCCCUUAAAAAACCCUCAAAAGUUAAAGUAGGUCACUUCUAACUCAUCCUGGACCUGCAGGCUUUUGUGAAAUUUCAUAUCUGAUGCAGGUGUUUUGCUUUACAUUGCCUCCUCAUAAAGUUUCAACACUUAAAAAUGUCUCUCUCUCUCAGCACCAUCCUGGCUCUUGCGUGUUUUUCCACGUUUUAACUUUUUAAGACUUAAUAUACACAAACAAUUACACAACAUACAAAGGUCGCCUUGUUCCGAGGAGUGGACCUCAAACUUUCACUUGACUGUAAUUGUGCUCAAUUAUCUUCAAGUGUUUUUGAUUAAAAGUGGUAGAUGGAGCAUACCGCCGGAGGAUGAUUCGUUUUUAUGCUCUUAAAACAACAGAAGAAGAAGAGGAAGAUGAUUAGAGUGAAUGACUUUGGAUCAUUUUUCUCUAAAUUAGAAAAUAAGAAGGGGAUAUCUCUCUGAGGGGUCAGUAUUGGCAGGGAUGCUGCGUCAGGUUAACAGAAAUAAUUCAUUAAAGUGAGAGCUCACCCCCGUGUCAGACUGAAGAUAAAAUCAGCUGCUUCUGUUGAAUGGGUUCAUCACUUUGCUUACUGACAUUUAGCUCAAUCUAAAGCUGAAUCUGCUGUUACAUAAGAGAACUUGUAGGCUAAACGCGCGUUGAACCCUGGGACUCUCUGUGGGCGCUAUUAGCAUGCAGUGUGCACCGGAGGCAUAAAUUUCAUUUGAAUUUCAAAUUUAAUAACGCAGGAGGUUUUUAAUCAUCCGCACUUUUAUUUGUUUGAUAUUAACAUGCUUAUUGACCGGCUCUGUUGACCAGCUUGGUCAUUACAGGACAGGGAAAAGUUAAUUAAAACGACCAAGGAUUAUUCAUCACAUCAUCUGCCUAACCCAUGUCGCUUCCUUUAUUACACGGCGUGAUAGAUGGACUCUCUGAUUAAUUCUUGUGUUUCUAGGAUUGGACAACAGCUUUUUGGAUUAAUUUACACUGCUUUACCUUCAGGCGUAAAAAAUGAAGGGGCAGGGAAAACUAAAAAGAGGCCAAAGAUAGUCAAAUGUAACUGUGUAAAACAAAAAUCAAAAGAAAAAGAAAAAGCCCGGCAACACACAUGUAUUCAAUUAUUAUUCUUACAGCUCGUGUCUUAUUCAGAGGCCAAUAAUACACAUAAUUUAGAGAGAAUUAUCUCUUUUUGACAUAUUUCAUGAAUUCAACACCAAUCUUUAUUUCUAAACAUUCUUAUUUAAACUUGUCCAUAAACUCAGGCGUGAAGUGUCAAUUUAAUUAAUUAUGGGUAAAGAUGGACAAAGGUAUGGCACGAAUUUAUAAAAGCAAGGACAGAUUUUAGAUAAUCAGGAAACACACAUACACACACACUUGCCUUAUUGACGUUGGAGAUAAGAAAGGAGCUUGUAUCGAUCUGUUUUCUGCUCAUUUGUUAUUUUUUAUACCCGCCAAUCCAACUAAUCAAACAAACUGUCGAAAUAUGAUAGCGUGCUGUGAAAAUCGCGUAAAAAGCGCGUUUAGAGACGAAUAAAACAUGUGACAAAGUAAUGAGGAGAAUAAAACCUACGUACCGUGCUGCUCCGCUCCACACUGCUUUCAUUGAUUGACCCUAGACGUUUGCUCUCUGCAGAAGGAAACACAGCAUCUCCCGCUGCCGGUGUGACUGUGCACCGUGCAGGAGAAAUCUUACACUGGAUAUUCAAUUAAGAAUUACUUGGGGAGUGUAAAAAAAAAAUCGGUUGAAAAGCUUCUUCUGCAUGCAACACCUAUAGGGAUUAAAAAACGUGCAGACGCUAUUUAAAAUUAGUUCUGCAAAAAUAAAAUAAAAAUAAAAAUAAUAAUUCAAUGUUUGUGCGUAAAAUCUGGUUUUCCCCUUAAUUUCCCCCUAAAGAUGAUGGCCGUUCAAUUAUUGUGCGUAAUAGGGAUUUUACGCAUUUGGAGAGCAGGGUUUGGACUGCAGCUUUGGGGGACAUGUUGGCCUCUGGUGACAAAUUACCAAGUGAUCAUCCCAGCAAGGCUGAUGUCAGAGGUCAGUGUGAUAACUCCCCGACAGGAAACAUCUUCCUGCUGAAGCCGUAAGAGAUAUUUAAUCCACGUGCGCUUCGAAAUCAAAUUGCCUAAUUUAUUCUAAGCGCAAAACCUCCCCAAAAACAGCCCUUUGUUGCCUGUUGCUUUCAGCACGUUAGAGGGUCGGUAAUAGUUCAUAUGGUGCGCACAGGUUGUUCUUUAACGCGCGGCUGUAACUGUAAGCCCGCAUUGAACAGAUGUCCCCAUUGAAGGCUUUCUUUCUCCUGCGCACAGGGGCUAUAUUACCAUCAUGAAAUCAAACUCAAAACCUGUCCCCUUCCACAUCAUAAUGACCGAGUUAUUCUGGGCCGCUGAGCACGAACAAAGUGUGUUCAAUAUUGCGUGCUGCAGAAUCAGUGCGCUUAGAGAAGCCGGGAGAAAGGAGUGAAAACCAGAGAUGCAGAAAUUUACUUUAAUGUGAAGGUUUACAAAGCAAAACGAUAAUCUAAGGGGCCUUCCUAUCACAAUUUUCUGGGAGGAAAGAAAGGGUAAUCACUUGUGACUCUAACCUGAAAUUACCAGACUGCUGUUGCUCUACAAAAAGCACCCAAAGUCAGAAUGUGUCACUAUUUUCUAAUGAAGUGAUUUUUUUUUUAAUUUUACACGUUUUUGGCAAAUGUAAGACAGAAAACUUGAAUAAACUAUACUGUCAUAGAUAGAUAGAUAGAUAGAGCUGCUGCCACUAACACUGUCACUGUCCUCAGUGUGCAGGCAAGUGUGCAGGGCAGAGAGUGAGAAAGCAGGCUCUUUUGCUUGUUGUUUUCUCUCUUCACCAGGAGGUUGCAAACAGCAGAUGUCCGUCUGCACCCCGAGCUGCCAAGUGGGUCCGAAGCAGAGUGAGGGGCAGCCACAGACACAAGGACCCAAAUGGUGUGACAAAAGAUGUGCAGGAAGCCCCUCUCCGCCUGGGUGAGCCGCCGAGAGGGUCUCUCCCCUCUCUUCUCUGCCAGCCUGCAGGGACACUCACAACACGAGCCAGGGCGGUGGCAACAGAGCCAUGUGUUGGAGGGCUGGGACGCAUGGUAAAGCCACACUCAUAUUUACACAAACAUAAACACACACAUGCAUAUGCAGGAAUGUGCAAAUAUAGGCUGAUCCCCAGUCUCCUCACACCUGCACGUGGCACUUAGCUGCAAAAAUGCACACAUUAAUGCUUUUUCUGAAACUUUCAUAUAGAUAACACUUUUAUCUUUCAAAUUAGGUGCUGACAAUGACGCACAGUGUGUUGAUAUGAAAAUCAAUGAUGUGAAUAUCACAGGAAAAUAAACACAAACAGCUCUAACUACCCCUGUAUUUAUUUGGUGUUUUACCGGGGAUCAUGUGUCAUUUAUUUUCUUUGCCCAUGAGGUCAUGCAAAGUGGUCAAAGAGGCCCUGAAAAUGUUCCAAGCACAGGUGUGCAGUAUGGCCGGCACCAAAAGGGGUGCACUGAACCAUAAACAAUGAUAUAAAUGUCUGGCAGAUAAAAUGGCUAGUUAACAAUCUUUUGACUGCUCUAACCCCUGAGCCUUUGUCGGGUAUCGAUCAGCCAGCUGUUCCGGGCUUUGUCCUGCAGGACGGGAGCCUCUGGUUUCUCCUGGGAUGAAUGGAAAGAGACGACAAAAACUCUCUUUUUUUUACUUUUAAAGUUGUUUUUUGUUGAAGGAGAAAAUUUAAUUCAAUACCAUCACGUGAAAAAGAAAUCAUUAAAUCAGCUUGUCAGGUCAUUGAAAAGAUUUCAUUCAAACUUUCUUCAUGUUUUGAACAUUUUUGGCCUCAUUGUUCGUAGUUAGUGUGUUGCUGGUUUAAUGGAAACCAUGUCCAUGAAAACUUCAACAGGCAUAAUUUGUCUUCGUAUAAUUAUAUGUUAAGUAACGAACAUCGCCUGCGUCGCAGUGGGUGUCAUGAUGAGACAUGUCACACAAAUAUGUCAGGACAGGGUGCUAAUGAUCCGUCUGAGCACCUGUCAGUCAAAGCUUGUCUGAUGCCAGCAGCAGCGACCUUCUGUCCAGGACUUUUAGUUUUAGUGUGAUUUCUUUUUCUUGCCAGUCUGAAAUUAGUGACUUAAUUAUUGAGGAUAUACUUUUAAAGUUUUUUUUGGUGCUAUGAUGUGUUUUUUUUGUCUGGCUGUGUUUUCUCUCAGUGAGAUCACAAUGCUUCAAACCUAGGUUGUUUAUGAUAAACAGACAUAUUAGUGAAUUUUGCCACCGUUUGACUCUCCUGCUACAUCUGUGGGCCAUGAGGUCUUCUUAUUGACUUUCCCCAAGCCCAACAUCGCACUUUGUCAGUGUGAGCGGCAGCCUAAGAGACAAGCAGGCGAGCCGGUCAUACAAAGUGAAGUACUUAGGAUUAGCCCCAGCUCUUCAAGUUUCAGUAAUUAUCCUCCUGGAGGCAUUCUUGCUGUGUUGGAUAAUAAUGGAAGUCCGGGUGCAUGCCUGUCACCUCUCAAGUGUGGGUGGAGGAAGCCGAUGAGAGGCGCAGGACGGAGAAAUGUUUGCUUUUUCUGUUAUGUCAUCACAACAGUAAGGCAAACUCGUACUGUUGCCUGCCUCCAAAAAAAACAAAAAAAAAAAACACAGACUCUUUUUCUACUUGAUCUGUAACAACACAUAAGAAUCUCUUCAGCCUCGGAUGUGAUAAUGAAACAUGUUCUCCAAAGGUGAUAAUUUGUUCUGAGAUCAAGUGUAAUUACCAAGUGUCAGGUAUGUUUUUUUUCAUAAACAAAUCUGUUAGAAACACACAGUUGCAUCAUUUGUGGCAAGUAAGGAUCCUGUGAUUGGCACUGAUUAUGUUCUCAAAAUGUUCAAAUGAAAAAUGCUUUUUCCCUCCUUUUCCUUAAUUUACAUGGAAGCAUAAAUUUGUAUUUAUUCCAAAUCCUGAUGUGUUGUUUAACUUGUCCAUCACAUUAUCCUAAAAGUUUCAUUCAAGAGCGUGCCGGUCCAUCUAUCCAGCCCAGAAAAAACACAAUGCUUUAAUUAAGAGUCAGUCCGAUUUCCCAGAGGGGAGAUUGUCGUCUUCCAUUAACUUAGUUUAUCAUAUAAUAAAGAGGUUGCCUUGUCCUUCCCUACCCAGACAAUUGGUUUUAAUCAGCCAGCGGGUCUUUCAUGGCUGGUAAUUUAUGCUAAAUUGACAAGGGUGGAGGAUAUCACAGAAAAUCAUUGUGACAGGCCUCAGGUCACUGCCUGUCACCAGCUUGUUUUAUCCUGUCGAGACAGGAGCUGGAGGACAACAAGCAAAUUUAAGAAAGACAACUAAAUGUGAUGGGGAUCUUACUCUAGAGCCCGUUUAUCUCAUGUUUUAAAAUCAUCAUUAAGAAUGCGUUUGAGCACUCAGUUUAUUAUUGUUAUAUUAUUUAUUAAUAGAAGUCAGUCAUCAGCCUUUUAAUAGGGUUGUGUAAAAUACCACAUUCAAAAAGGGGAUCAACAGGUUAUUCUCCUGAUAACACUUCAUUUAAACCAUGUAAGUUAGCUGCCACAAUGACAAAUCCAGGUCUGUGUCAGAAGAAAAACCACAACACACUGAAACAGAUUAUGUUGUUUCACUGUGGAGUCCAAAUAUUUCUGAUUUGACUUUGGCCUUUAAGUGUGGACUGUGCAUGUGGGAAAGUACAAAUUGUGAUUUGAAGCAAAGAGGGGGGUGGGGAUGGGGGCGAGGAGAGGAGAGGAGAGGAGAGGAGAGGAGAGGAGAGGAGAGGGAGAUGUAGGAUGAGCAUGAGGAGGAAGCUGGGACACACUUCUCGCCUUGCAAUUUAAUCACUGUAUACCCAGGGAAGUAUUGACAGUUGUCCUGUGGAAGCUAUUAAAGUUGCUGUCCAAGGUUAAAUGAAAUUGCAGUUUAUCAAGGCAGCAUUGAGAAAAUAAGGGAAUCUGUUCAUGGCUGUUGAUUAAUGUGGAGCGUGAUCAACACAAGGGGUUCAUUAAGCUAUACAUCACCGGGGUAAUUUAACAUGUCAUCGCGCCUGCUGUCGCUCCCCUUCACACCUUUUGUGUGUUGGCGGUAUAUGUGUCGAUGUUUGUGUGUUAAAAUCAGGAGCUCUGACCUCACAUUUUUGAGACGUGAUCAUACCUGUAUAGUGUUGUGUUUACACUUUCAAACGUCGAAAUCCCUGCUGUUUCCAUACAAAGCAUGAAACUAAACCAGAAACACAUUUUUUAUUAUUUCAUUAUUAACUGUCAGAUCUCUCCACAGACUGACAUCAGACUCCUGGGUAAAUUAUUUGAAUAUAGCUUAAAAAGUACAAGAAAAGGGAGAUCCUUCUGUAGGAUAAGGGAGUUUUCUCAAAGUAUCAAAAGUUUAUUAUGAUGGACUUUAUAAGGCAUGCUUUUUUAAAUUCCUGAUUAUCACUUUAAUUUAGACAGAUUUUAAUCUAGCAGCAGUCUUGAAGGUCUUUCCUACAGAUUGGGGCAUUUUCCUCCCAAAUCAAUCCAAAUUUGUAUACUGUAAUUACUGGAACAUGAAAAAAUGACAACACAAGUCUGAUUAUGUGUAGUACCAGAGCAGAUGAACAGUGUACAUAGAGCUAUGAUAAUCAGGCCUGGGACCUGGAGCUGCAUGUAUUUUUUUUUCUUUUGCCUUGUGGAUUUGUUUACUGGUGGAUAAUUGAUGGUGCUUGAGGGACAGGCGUGAGUCGGACAUGAAUCACGAGCGACAGGGCUGGUGAUAAGGAGCUGAAAGUCGCCUGUAAUUAAGCCGGGCACUAGAGACCAAUUGUUUGUAGAAUGAUUUGGUCGGGGCUAAUUGACACUAAUUGUUUAAUCAGAUUUUCUUCCCCUCCGUACUGCAAGCAAAGUGUGCUCUACCAAGCAGCAGCUCCUCGUCAAACAAAGCAGGGAGAAAAGCCUCUUGAUGUGAGAGCGUUGUUGGAGAAGGGAACAGCCUGAAAUCAAGAUGUCUGGUUAUGAUAUCUUCUUCUGUCAUAUGAGGUCACAUGACUACAAGAAAUCCACAUAUACUGUACAUGCAAAUUACCCCUGUUUUAGAUAUAUUUUAUCACUUCUUUGUCAUCUGUCUUCUCAUAUGGGAAGUGAUCUCUUAGGGCAAGUUUGGUGACAUCUUUGGCAUUGAUAAUGACUCAUUGAGCAGAUAAAAACAUGAUCAAUAGUUGCCCCAUACUGUCUGUCGUAAAUGUUGAUAUCUCAAAGCAGAUUUUGAAUGAGGGAGAGUUGAUUAUACUUGUUUAUACUGUAACCACAUACUGUUCUCUGAGCUCUGUUGUACAAAGCAGAGUACAUUUUAGAGGGUUUCAUAAAUAAGUGACGUUCCCUUAUGUAGUCGCUAUUAAAGUCAUUCUUUUUGGAAAUAUCCCAGAAGUACUAGUGUGUAAUUAAAAGCACUAUUAAGAGGUUUUUAGGUUUGAUAGAAUGGUGAUAGUGUACCAAUACAAAACUUUUCAACUCGGCUAAAACAGAGAAAACUGCACCAGAAAUGCCAUUUUGACAGUUUGUAAGAUACAUUAUAAAAAUUAAAAAAAGCAUUGAAUCCAUGCAAAAAUUCAUGAGUAUAAUAGUGAGUAUAAAAGCCACAAAACAGACUAUGGCUCAUUUACCAAAACUCUUAUGUGAUGGAUGGAAAUGAAUUUUUCUAAAAUCCAGCUGUGUACUUUACUUGUGCACAUGAUCUCUUUUCCUGCACUCUAAAUACAGUUGCAUUGAUGUUAAUAUGAAUGAUGCAGUAAAACACAGAUCAUGAUUUUUAUACAGCGUUAAUCUCCCGUUGAAACAUGAAGCAUCUGUAAACAGGGCCGUAUCUAGACUUUUUGAUUAGGGUGGCCCAACCACACCUACACAGGCAGGGGUGCCCAGGGUAUGCAUGUAAACACACACAUUAACAGCUUUUACAGUCUCUUCUCUAUCCACUCUAACAACAUUCAGAAAGUGUCAUAAAGAUUUUAUAUUCCAGGGUAUAAUAAUUUUAUAUCGGUCAGGAACACAACCGAGUGUCAACACGUUAACAUACGAGAAGAUCAAGAAAAUGAGCCACAUUGAAUAAAAAGAAAGGUACUAACAGCCUGAUAGGACAGUCUCAGUAGUUAGAUUUAAAGUUCUGCCAUUAACAAGGCUGAUGGACUAUUAUAGUUUAGGAUUUUGGGAUGACAACAUGGGGUGGCAAUCAGAUCUCAAGGGGAGGGGGUAGUGUCACCCCUGGCCACCCCUCUAAACAUGCCUCUGAGUGCAGUAGUGUAAAAAUAUGCAGAAUUUCCAGAUGAAACAAGUUUAUAGGCCAAAAUUGAAUAAUGUAUUCAUUAUUAAAAGACUAAGAGCUAUUCAAAACUAAAGGCUUAGUAAGUUGGCUGACAGGUGGUUGUUCUGUUUACAGGGCUAAAAGCCUGCCUCAGGUCACCUCUGUCUGUCCGGUCUGCAGACUGCCACUGAUGUAUGAUAUCACUAAGAUAACCUCCAUCUUUUAUAAAACUUUUGAGCUUUUAUGUGGGCUAAAAUUAUUCAUUAAUGCUUUUCUCUUUACUAUUUGAGUCAUUAUUAUUUAAAUGUAAAUUGAUUGUGAAAUGUUUACAGAAACCAGAAACCGAAUUGAGUAGAUAUGAACAGAUAGCAACAUAAGAGGAAUACUAAAUGUUCAUAUUUAACAUUAGAUAACCAUUGUAAAGACACCUAACAUAAAGGUGCAGCCCAUGUGUGGAGCCAAAUGAAAUAGAGCAUAUAAUUAGACACAAGUCUUCUUUUCUUUUUGAUUAAAUCUAACAAGUCUGAGUAAUGAGCUUCUGAUGGGAGGAGCAUGAGAUCUAAUGUUGUUACAUUUACCAGCAAUUAAACAUGUAGCUUUUCUAAUCAACACAAACUAUGAUGGGAAAUUGAUGGUUAUUGCACAGGGGCCAGCAGAGGGGAUUAUUGGGUUUGAUCUCUCCUAAUGUAAAUCACACGUAGUACCUGAAGACAAAUAAAAAUGAGCCACACUGUGCUUAGAGGUUCACAGCUGGUCAUGUAACUAUAAAAUGGUUGUCUUACACAUAAUAAAAUGCAAAGAAAUACAGCAUGAAAUUUCAUUACUUAGUUUUUUUCUACAAAGUUCAUUAAAUAAAAAAAGACAACAUGACCACACAUGUAAACGUUACAUCUGUACUAAAGAUAUGUUAAUGAAGGCUAAGCUCAUCCAAAUCACCAAAAACAUCUUUAUUCUAGUAUUAUCUUCUCAUGUGGGUCUUUGUUUUUUCAAUUGUUAGAGGUUUUAGAUUACUCGAUUCCUACAGCAACCCCCAGUUUUAUAAUUAAGAUAAUGUGGAAACAGUUUGGAAAAAAUAUAAACAACAAGCUGAGUUUAGGCUAAGACUGAAAUCUCAGAGUCUGACUCCUGGAAGCGUGGCUCUUAAGGUUUCCAUAUUUGGUUUGUCAGAUUUGUCAUAAUUACCUGUAACUGAAUAUCACCGAAACUAUGUGGUCAAGUUUAUUAAGCUACUUUUUCUUUUCCAAAUCUAGGUUUGAAUUAAGAAUAAAUAUAUAAUCAACUCAUUAUAAUACCUUUUCAUUUAACUACAUAACACUUUAAAUUUAUUAGAAUAGAUUAUUCCAUUUAUUAGAAGUACCAAACAUUUGAAAGAUUUGUAUAAAGUGGUCCCUUCUAAACCAACUGCAACCAAAAUAAGCUAUUGAUGAUCCAAUUUGAGGAACUUUCAUACUGACAGAAAGUAUUGUGCAUCAGGAAUAGUAUUUGUAUUUUAUUUUUUUAAGUUGGAGUCAAUGUUCUUGCAAAUACUAUUACACCUAAAAUACAGUUUUUGUUGUUGGAGUUUUUUAAAACUUUAUAAUCAAGUGUCAAUCUGGUAUUUUAUUUUAAGUAUCCCUUCUACUGAAUUUGGGUGAACUGACCCUUUAAUGUCACAUUAGCUGGGGCAUUUCUCAUGUGCAGCAGUGAGGCUUGAAAACAAAAGUGUUAAAGCAGGAGUAUAAAACAAAGUUUAAGUGUCCAUAUUAGGUUCAUUCACAUAUUUUUUACCUCCAUGAAAUUAAACUCAAGUGAAGACCUUAAAUCCGACCAUAAAGAGAUGUUUUAAAGUUGUCUUUAUUAAUUUAAUUCAUUUGUCUCAAACACAGAAUUGAGCUCUGAAAUCAAGCUACAAUGCCUUCACUCUACACUGAACAAAACAUGCUAUUACUUAGCACUUUCGUUUGGAGGAAGCUUACAGUAUUUUGUUAGUAUUUCACAUAAUUCCCAUUCCAAUUAGCAUUUAUCUUGUCUGUGUCGCUUUUCAAUAAAGUUUUCUGAUUUAUCGUGGACGGCUGCCUUUACUUUGUGCUAAUAAUUGGAUGCUAUUGAAAGGAUGAGUUUCAUUGAUUUUGUGGAUGACUGGGAGCAUUACUGGCCUAGACCAUAGAUUGUCAGCAAGGUCUGUGUUGGCCUGGGAUCGAUGCCGCUGAAUCUUCUCCUCUGCUUUUUAUUUACUUCUGUCUCCAUUGAUUGAAACAUGCAAUAGUUCAGGAGCUAUUAUCACACUGACGCUAAGUUUCUCUGUCUCCACCGUUGAAAUAGCUCCCUCUAUUCCCUGGCAAUAUCUCACUUCAGCAAGUGCUCCCAUCUUUCCCUUUCUAACUAAUGAGUUAAGAGUAUUGCUAUGACCUGUAAACAUCAAUCAUGGAUGAAGAGGGAGACAGUGACUAACUGCGGGAGGAAGAGAGGGACGAAAUGAAAUGAAAAGUGUACAAUAAAAGAAACAUUCAGCUGGGUGUUUGGUGUAGAAAGUGAAAUAAAUAACAGCAGAAAUGACGAACGAUAAUCAUCAGAUGAUUGCUAGUUUGUCCAUUUGUGGUAAAAAUGGAAAAACUGAAAUUGUCUUAAUUAAUGGAAGUUGACUAAUAACACCCUGAGACUAUUGUUGCAAAAAAUGUGAGAGGAAGACGCUGAAACUUUUGCGCACUCAUUGUGAAUUCAGCGGAGUGCUCUUAAUCCAAUUUAGUGCUCUCCGAGUCUGAAAAAAGCAAUGAAUCUCUAUUCAACUGUUAAAAUUAAACUCCUUCCAAACGGAUAACCUGAAAAAUCUGCCCUGUAGUGGCUGCCUGCCUAGAUUGUUUCCACAAUACAACAUAGAGAUGGCUCAGUGUAAACGCUCCGUGCUGCGUUUACAUAUCUUAUUCCCUGACAAGAUGGCAGAAAGGUCAGCGUCCUAUCCAACUGGGACUGUCAUGAUUGAAUGUAAUCAGUGUGUACUUGUUAUUCUGAGUGCUGGGGCCUUUUCUUUUAUUUGCUGGCCCACAAGUUAAUUUCCCUGGUGACCUUUUGUGUAAUAAAACAGUAUUAUCUGUUUCUGGUACCACAACAAGGAAGCAAAUUAGCUUCCUCAGCAGCGUUUUGUCACAGCAGGAGAUCAGUUAUAAGUUUAUUUACUUUAAUUAGAUUAAGGGCGCAGUAAAGGCAUGUGUUUGUGCAGGCAUCAUCCCUUGUCUCCUUGCAUUAUCUGAUUGUCCCAGCCAGUGAGUCGGACAAUGGUUAUGCAUUUUAAUGAUUGUUCUCUCCAGCCAGUCAAUGGAGACACUUGCACAUAUUAGAUAAGUGAUUUCUGCCCCUGUUUUUGCAGCAUAAAAGAUCAAUCACUCGCUAGCUUGCACUUGUUGACUAUUUGUGUUAACCUGAGCGUAUUGCCUUAGACAAAUUGUGAAUGCACGCACUUAAAAGAACACAAUCAAGCUGUUGAUUUCUCACACUUCUGCACGAACAUAUGUCACCUGAUACUGUGGAAUUCCUCUAAUCCUUCCUUCACUUUGAGUGGGAGUGACACUUUUUCUUUUAAACUGGAUCCUUUUUUAAGUGCACUCAAACAAGCUUCAGUGAAUGCUGUACAUUUCCUUAUGCACAAUUUGUACCAUGACAGCCUCUAUUAGCACUUUGUAUAAUAGUUAUCACAAGAAACAGCAAUACUCUGUUAACUAUCGCUGUUAAAAUUAGCCUUAAAAUGUUUAGAUGUAAACUUUUUUUUUAAAUAUGAAAACACCAACUUGCAGUACCGCUUAUAACUACUAAUACUCUUUUAUCCCCCUUUUGUCAUUUUGUACCAGGAUAAGUAAAUAAAGAAAAGGCUUUUAUAUUGCCUCAAUUUCUGUCCUCAACUCUGGAAAAAUAUAAAAAACAGACAAACAAACAACAACAUAUAAAACCUAAUAAUGAUGAACGUAAUAGUGAUAAACAGCUUCCAGAGCUUUCAAUGUUGCUCCUUCUGCCUCAACUGCCUGUCACAAUAGCAACUAUAAGAAACAGAAUUAAUAAUAAUAUUGUCUGUAUUUCUUUUUUCCCAGGAAGAAAAUUGCCCUUUUAUAGGUUAAAAAGUUUUCCAAGUUUAUCACUUUUUCCAGGACUCCCUGCCGCCACAUAUAUAUCAAUGUAUAUAAACUUAUUCAAACUGAAAAAACAUCUAUGUUAGCUUUAAUCUCUCAUUUUAAAACAGUUUCAGAACACCUUUUGGGUGUUUUUAUUGUAAUUGUCAUUUAAAAACACACUCCUCUCCUACUGCCUACAAAAACUACUUGAAUAUUGAUGUUGGUCACGUUUUCUGUCCUCUUGUUACAAAACUUACGCUAAAGAAAAGAGGCUGUAUGCUAAUAUUUUUUUGUAAAAUCCCUUCCCACUAUUUCUGCUACAGCCUUCAAAAGUAGCCAAAAGAGCCGAACUCCACAUUAUUAUCGACUAUUUCUCCCCUAUUUUUCAUUUUAUAAGUUAAAUUAUUGUCCUAAAAAAUUCAAUUGCUGUUUUUUUUUUGCCAUGAUUUCUUUGGGGAUAUCCCUUAAACUUCCUGGAUGCAUUUUCUAAAAAAAAAAUCUGUCAAUGUUGUUGCAAUUUGGACUAAAAAGUGACUGUGAGUGCAGAGGCUGUGAGCUGUGGAGGCUAAAGUGAAUGCAAUGCUUUACUGACCCGAGGAAUCUCUUUUAUUACGGCCUCUUUGUGCCUCUCCCUCCGCUGCUCUGUCAGCCCAUUCAGACCCAGUGGCAGCCACCUACAUUAUAUCCUGGAUAGGCAGGACAUUCAUGCCUUUUUAACCCAUUGUCCUUCCCCCUGGGGUGAGGGCCCAGAGCGGGAUGUGAGAACCCCAGGCUGGGCAUUGUGUCCCUCUGCGCUCUUCACACACCCGGCGGGGGACUUCCUUUCUGGUGUCACCGAAACCUGUGUGGUGUAAUCCGCUAGCUCCCCGCUGAGCAGGAUGGGAAGGUUAUUAAAAAGUGCCUCUAAUGUCUCGUUAAUAAAUCGCUUCCAUUUUCCGCUUCAUUUCGAAGUAAUCGUGUUGGGAGUGUGGAUGGGAAGGAAUGUGUUUCCCCCUGUUUUCUAUGUUUCCAGUAUCAAAGCAGCAGAAAAAUUAGCAUGUCUUUUUUUUAUUGUCAGUUACACAUAUCACACACAGAUGCACAAGCACAGAUCCAUUAGAGAUGUGACCCUCACAUUAGAGAUCAAGUAUGUGGACCCCGCUGUGUGACGGGGUCAAACUGCAAGGUGUUGAUGCUGUUGUGAUUGCAGGAGGAGAGAUUUUUAAACAGUCCAGUCUGGAGGUUUCAGGUUAAUGGUGUCUUAUAUUAUGACCUGCUGGAUGCUGCGUGCAGGUCUCCUCUGGGGGUCGGUCUAUAAAGCAGCAGAGGUCAGCGCAGUUAGAGUGCUGCUGUGUUAAGAGGUUAGAGAGCAGAGGUCCCCACAGCGUGCUAUCACAAGCACUCUCCAUGAUGCGUUAAGGAUGCUGAGGCCUCUGAUUGCCACAGAGGGACCUGGAGCUCAGCUUAGGGAUGGUUCAGGACUGCCGGGGUAAUCCCAUUAACUGUGACUCCUGUAGCCCUCUCUCCCACUAUGCAUGUGUGUGUGUAAGUGUGUGUGUGUGUGGGUUUCGGAGAAGGAGACUGUCUGAGUGAGUGUGUGCAGGGGGUGACCCAAAAGACAUUAGCGUGCCCUGCAAGGUCAAAGGACAGACAAAAUUAAAAUACAUGUGAAUCAUUUAUCAAAUAUGAGCGUCUCUGCUGUUCUCAGCGAGCGCUUAGUGUGAGUAAUUACCUGUCACAACUCACCGAGCAUCAAAGUUUGUACGCCAUGACCACAGUAACUCAUCCUUUCUCUUAUAGUUUACCUUCAGCCUCUUUUUGAUCCUUAAACCUUCAUAUUUACUACAAAAAACACCUAUUGGUUUACAAUGAGCACUCAAAGGUCUUUAAAUUUUUAUUAUCUUGAAGUUUUUACGGCGCUGCUCUUAAAUGUGAUGAAUAGACGAACAAUAUUCUUGGCUAUAAGAGAAAUUUAUGAUGUAAAAUUUGCUCAAGAGCUUUCUUUUAUGAAAAAAAAGAAAAAUUCAAGUCAACAUGUGCUUCUCCUUUUAAAACAACUGUGACCACAUAACUCCACUUUCCUCAGCUAACUUUUAAUCUGCUCGCUCUUCUUCUUCUCCACGAUCUUUGAACUUUCACUACAAGGCCUAAUUGUUUAUGACAACCUCUCCCAAGUCCUGCAGUGUUAACGAGGUUUGAGCAGUUUUCAGCAGGCUUCUUGAUUGACAAUUGGAAUUAAGAGUGGCUGCAUUAAUAAGCAAGAGAGUGGCAGAUUCUUUCAAGAGUCAGUUUGUUCGUCUUCGUUGUGUUAUUAAAGUCAAAAAUAACCAGUGGGAAUAGAUAACAUUUCCUUCAUGAUUUGUAAGUCCAGUGUGGUGGUUUUUAAUUGGUAUCAAUUAUCACUUGUCUCUAAUUGUGGCGCACAACAAUCAACCGUCACGAAAAAUGUGCACAGAUGUAACCACUGAGCUGAGUUUCACUGCUUUGUUUUUUAAAGUUAUGCCAUACAGGCUACUAUGUGCUGUUAAAUGCCUCGUUCAGACCAGAGUAGACCUAUGUCGCAGCUCCUGAGUGGAGGAUAACAAAAAGCUAUCAGCGGUUCUGAAUAGAGGAAAAAUAGUGAGGAGGUCAAACGUCAAUGACAAGGAGUAGGAGAGUGUUUGAGGUUGUCAAUAAUGGAUUCAGUGUGAGGGUGGGAUAUGCAGAGUGAAAGGUUUUUUGGUGGGUGGGAUGUGGUGGGCUAAGUCAUCCAGGCAGGAACAUUAUAUCAUGUAGAUAUAAAUAAAGCAGAUAAAGCACAAAGCAAUUAAGACAGAGGGGAAAGUGUGUUUUACUUCUAUAUAUUUAAGUGAUGCAGGAAUAAAAAUAAGAGCGUUUGUCUGUGUCUCAACUAAAAGAAACAAAGGGGAAAACAGGAAAAAAAUCAACCUUUUGCUGUAAAAUUGGCCAGUUUUUAAAACAAAAUCACAUAUAGUUCCUUUAAAGAGUUUUUAGCAGCUUAUGAACUGGACUAAACUUAACACUCAUACUUCUAAAAGAGCUAUAAAAGCAAACAAGAGCAUCAGCUAAAGGAACUUAUCAUUUCUAUAUAAUUUAGAUUACCUUAAACUGCAGCUGACAGUAAAAUGUUCACAUUUUUUGAGUUAGAGAUUUUUGAUGAAUGACACAUGAAAUAAGACGUAGCUUUGACCAAAGGUGUAAAAAUCAAGUUUGACUCAUGAGUUUUUGGAGCUUCGAAUCUCAUUUGAAUGGUGAGAAUACAUUCAGCUAAAAUGAGGAAAAUAGGACCGUCAAACCAAUAAUUAUUUCUAUUGCAAAAUCUCAAUAGUUAAGCAGGAUAAUUGCAUCUUUAAUUGUAUGUUAAUUCCACUUUUUAAGUGCAUGUUCCCAAUGCAAAGCAGCACUUACCAGUGUCUUGAAUUGGGAAUCAAAUGGAUGCAGUAGAAUAAAGUUCAUGUUCUUGAGUUUUAGAUUUGUGAUUCAAAUAAGUGCUACACCAGUGUGGUCUAAAACCAUGACUUUAGGGUAGAGUCUCAAAGAGAUUAUUCUGUGGACUGGAGAGCUCUAUAGUGUUUUUAAACGAUAACACAAUACCACUGUCCUUUUUGUCCCCUCACUUCUUCAGUAUGUGGCUUUAGCUGCCUCUAUCAAUAUUGUUGCCCACUGACAUCGCUCUGAUUUGUUGCCACUUGUAUGCCCAGCUUGUAGGUGGUGGCACAAACUCAAAGUACUUUGGAGAUACUUGAAUUCUGUUUAAAAGUUUGUUUGUUUUUUGUGUGAUUUUAGUGCCAUUCACUAGGGCAAUGUUAGGGUUUCCAUCACAGCAGCAGCAGGAAAACACUGUGGCGAUGCAACCAUGGUGAAAGGGACAACAAAGCAUGUGAUAAAAAAAAAAGCUUGUGUUAAUUUGAGACCUUGAUCCAAGUGGGAUAAACCCAUUUACACCAUCAGUACUGCUAUAAAGUUUAAUGAUUUUCUUUAGGUCUUUUUACUCUAGAGGAAAAAUAUGAAUAUUUUAAAAAGUUAUAUUCAUUAAAAUACAAAUAUAUCUCUCUAUAUGACUCAUUGCAUUAUACAUUUGACAGGUAGGAUCAUCCAUGUUAAAAAGGGCACAUUUAAUUAUUUGCCUGUAACCAAUACAGUUAAGAUGGAUAUUCACAGCUAUUGGUAUUUGGAACAAUAUGGUGAGUGUGUGUAUCGAUCAGGCUGGAGUCUUGUCGUGUCUGUCAAUACCAGUAGAUGAAUCUAAUUAUGGUUCCUCUUUCUACUCAGUUAACUGUCAGCAUGGGAGCCCUUAGCCUGUAAGUCUAGUACGGGCUCACACACACACACACACACACACACACACACACACACACACACACACACACACACACACACACACACACGCACACACACACACACACACGCAGCUAUCACAACAUUAGGACAGUUGGCUUAGAGUCCCACCUCCUUCCUUAACAUCCCACCAUAAAGCUUUAACACUGGUGUUAAAGUAAAGGAGCAAUGACGGCUUAUCUUAGCAAGGCCCAUCUGUUGCAGCAUUACUGGAGUUUCCUUUUAUCAAGUUUACGCCCCAAUUUCAAAUCCACAUUUUGUCUAAAAAACUUUGUUUAUUAUAGAAGCUUAAAUGAUGAGUGCUUUCACUCUUAAUAAGAGAAUCAACAUCAUGUUUUUGCACACUGUGAUUAAUUUUCUGUGAGACUUCAUCUCAGAAUGUGUUAGGAUAAACACAACACAGGAUGUAGAGUCCCUAUAGAUUUAACACUUCCACAAAACACAGGCCUAGAGGUGGAGUUUGCAUCCCCCUUAUGGAAAAUAUGCAAAUUAAGAAGGAAAGUGCUUUUAUUUUGAAGAAACAUACAAAUGUGUGAAGAUACUGAUAAUUAUCUGAAUAAACAGAUAAAGGGAAUUGAAGUGAUUGUUUUAUGAGGUUUAGGUUGACAGCUGUCUGUGAACAAACAGUUGCUGAUAAAAAUAUAAAGAUAUGUGGUCUUUUUCAGAGUUUUGCCUGCAGAUUUUACACAUUUCAUUCCUCUGUUGCUUGUUCAUUCUCGACAAAUCAUCGAUUUUUUUGUCCUUUUGUGGUACUUUUUAGUUUUUGGCUAAUUCUGUGUGAAGCUCUGCUGCAACCUUUUUUUGAAGUAAAAACUCUGUGUGCUAAUUCUAACAGAAAAGUUUUUGAUAAAUGGCACACACAUGCUUUCUGUGAUCUCAGUUGUUUUGUACAACAUGUACAAAUGCUCCUCAUAAAGAUCCUCGAAAUAAAAAAAACAAACAGGAAAUAAACAUUUUGCCCUUUUUUUAUGGAGACUGUGAUUCGAAUUCUGGCAACUUGCAACCUAUAUGUCAUAUAAACCUCAGCCCCCUGUUUUCAAGGAUGGUUUGUUUUCUGUAGACCUCACCCUUUCUCGUAUGUAUGAAAAAACAAGCUUUACACGUCACCCUCAGACAAGACAACACACAAACACACAAGCUUGUGACUCUGUUUGUUCAGUGUGUCACUUCUCUGAGCUGCGUGUGGCCGUACAGGGACUCCCCUAUCUCCAAAGUUUUUUUUUUUUUUCCCUGGGAAAAUCAUUCGAGUUCGAAAUCUUCUUUGGCAAGUGCAACACUUCAUCAAGGGUGAAGACUCCCUGGCUAUCAAAGAUGUAUCAGUUGGUCUGAUAAAGCCGCUGCCCCGGUCCCCGCACAGCAACAUCCCAUCAUAAAUAAAAGCAGCAGAAAAGAGGCCUUUGUCACUGUUUAUCUGCACUGCUUUUCUUCCUCGCCCUUGAUUUCCUCUUCAGAAAAUUGAUGCACCCUUAGAUUGAAGCGGAGGGCUUGACAGGUAAUGGUUAGUGUGAUAACUGCUCAGAUUUCAUCAGCCUGGGCCUUUUUUUUUCCCUUUGUGUGCAAUUGUGUGAACUUUCAGCUAGAUUACCUGUCAUCCAGUGCAUCAGAUAAAAAUGCAGAGUUGAGGAGAUACAGCCAAUACUGGAGCAGAUAGGAAGAGAGAGAUCUGGAUGGACAAUGUUGGAUGUGAGAGGAACAGUGAGGGCACAAAUGAACAUUUAUCUGAUAGUGAGGCAAAUACAACAUAUUAUUACCAGCACAAUCGCAGGCGGCUUCCUCUUGGCACAGAGAUUUGGGAUUUGUAUUAUGUGGUUUAAAUGGUGUACAUGUUGUAUAGUUUGUUAGUUCGCAGGGGAAAUAAAAACAUCUCUCUGCAUAUGAUGGCCUCUGCGGCUUGUCUUUAAGUCUUGAUGUCCGCUAAAGUCAAGAUUUUUAUCAAGUCCACAAUCUGACAUUUUGGCAGAACUAAAUUUAUGAAAUGUUUCAUCAAAGUUUGACUUCUAAAAAAUAUUAAAAUGUAUAAAUAUGUCCUCUGUGAACCACAUUGUUUCCAGAUUAAUCCAAAAACCACAAUUUUUCCUGCAGUGCAAAUCUUUUUGAUAAAUAAAACUUUAUAGAUUUCUCUGUCAGGGGAGAGACAGCCUAUUCAUGUCUUUAAAAAAGUCAAAUCUGCAUUUAAUCUUUUGGUCCACUGAUGUUGUAGUAGCCAAUAGAGCAGAAAUCUUUGGCAGAUGUGUGGCAGCAAUUUUUCUCAGCUAUUAUAGCAUUAUAAACACUCGGCUAGAGUUACAUAAAACAUGAAUAUUUUUGACUGGGAAAUUUUCUGACGAGAGAAACAGCUGUGCUGGCCUUACAAUGCAUUAAGUAUUUCAUCCCUUUUAGAUGGUUAAAUUGUGCAUGAAAUGUUGCUGGCGCAGGGUUCUCUCGAGCUAGACUGAUUAGGCAACAUCUGUUACAUUGGGAGAAAUCCGUGUCGUUUCUAAUUAGCUGUCAGGCUGCAGCUACGUUGUGCCUGAUGGUGCCGAGGAUCUGCCACAGGUUCCUCUCCUCGUACUGUCACCUGCUUAUGUCCCCCCCUCCUCCCUCCUCCUCUACUCAGUCUCCCUCUCCCUUAUCCCCCUUUCUCCCCCCUCACAAACACACACACACACACACUCUCAUCAGCUGUAAUUAGAGAGCAGGGUCCAUACAAAGGAGCGAGCUGGGAGCCAGGCUCGAGCCCAUCUGUGCAACCCCAUCAUCAACAAGGCUCACAGCUCCUCCAACGCUGGGGGCCGCUCCCGAGCCGGGGCCCCCGUAUGCUGAUCAACCCGAUACACACACACAAAACUUUGCCUCACGACUCCAUCCUGCCUUUAUCUUUCUGUUCCACUUUGCACUCUUUCACUCUGUGCUGAAAGAAAAUCUAUGGGCAGCAGGCUAAUUCAUCUUGCUUUAAUAAGGCUCGGAUGCUGGUAAAUAUUAAAUACACCACAGAGAGAGACAGACAACACUGAGAGCAGCUAUUGACAAAAUGCAGCCUGAGAGGGAUGGAAUGAGACGAAAUCUAUACAGACAAAUUAACAAACACAGGAGUCUCAAAGAGACACUUUAAACUGAUGGUGUUUUCAUUCACACACAACACUGCCGUGUUGUUUUAAGACUGUGAGGAUUUCAGCUUUGAAUUCAACUUCCUACACUUGCCCCUAAAAUUGUUUAUUAUGAAAGAGAAGAAAAAUAUAAGAUUGAGACCAACAUAUUUUUUUGACCUUGUUAACUGAAUCUGUUUCAUUCCAUUUAUUACUGUGUACAUUAUAUGCCACUGCUAUAGGUCAGCAUCAGUACCAGUCAUCACAGUAUCUGUCAGAUCAUUCAUUUCAGCAGCUAAUCCAUAAUUCCUGUUGCUGAAAACACACACACACACACACACACACACACACACACACACACACACACACACACACACACACACACACACACACACACACACAAACUCACACAAGCAUUAAAAAAACAAACACAUUUUCUUUCUGUGUUUUGCACAUCGAAUUCUCUCAGUCUCUUUUUCAUUUAAAUGUUAAAAAAUAAUAAUCUUAUGGGACGAAUACAUCAUUUUUUAACAGUUUUGGCCAAGCAUUGCUACAGCUUAAACCAGAACAACUUAAAUUGGCUGACAGUAUUAACAUCCCCUGACUGUAUUUCAUUUCCAUAUAGAAUAAAGUUUUGACUUUAAAGGAAAACUGUAAUUUUUUUUUUAAUUUUACAUACUUUAACUCACGAACUGGUGUCUGACAGAGCUACAGGAAAUGAGGUUAAAAUAGAGUUGUUUCUCUUUUAUAAAAGUCAUGAAAACUUGUCAGUGGUAAAGUGUUUAAAUAUUUUUAAAUGAGCUUCAAUUAACUGUCUGCAACGGGUUAUUGCCCUGAAUGACAAUCUGUAUUUUUCAGAUGUUCGGUUUAUGUACAAAAAAAUUACAAAAUAUUUCAGAUGAAUACAUUAAAAAAGUGAAUUUCUAAAAUCAAACCAGUCUGUGCACUCUUUUAUCCGUCAGUCAUCUAUUUGCCUCAACAAAGUAAAACUUCCUCUUUCCAUUCGUGGACCUCUCUGUCUGGCUCUGGCCCUGUCAUCAUAUAGUCAGACAACAUACACAUCUGUCCCCUCCGGCAAACUCUGACAAGUUCAACAGGAGAGACUGCCAGAUGAGGGGAGGAGCUGCUGGCCUGAGCCAGAAGAUCUGCCUGAACAGUGCCUUAAGGGGGCAGAUGAGACACAAAGACAGUAUUGAGUGUUUAAAGACACUUAACUGCAACUUGGAGAAGUCCAAGCUAUUCCACCUUAAAAAUCAGAUGUUUACUUUGAAAGCUGACUCGUACGACUUGUCAUGUACGAAGGAUUAGAACAACUCAUGUCCUUUCAGGUGUGAGAUGUGGUCUUAAAAAAAUCAGCUUCCCAUCACUUCUUUGAUUGACUCAUCUAAUCUCGGUCAUGUUUGGUCUUCAAGGUACUUAAGAAUUGUGGGAAACAGUUCUAGAGAAUUGUUUUGAGUACAUGGGUCAUUCGCCUCUAGGUGAAGACUGAGAUCGAGGUGAAGUUGCUGAAAAACGGAUUUCUUUGGACAGGUUUUCAUGGUUACUAAGACAAAAGCUGUUUUUGCAGCAUUGAGGAUAUCGCUAUGUGCUGUUUGUAUUUUAUAGAUUUUAUCCACUAGAUGUGUUUUUCGGGUGAUUAUUUCAAACUGUAAAAAUAUUUAUUUAUUUGUUUUUUGUUAAUUGAUUGAUUUAUUUUUUUUCUUAUUGUUGCAUGAUUGUACAUGGAAAAACAGUGGGAAGUGAAAUGGACAUUAGUGCCUAUACAGCACAUACAGUACAUUCAGAACUUGGUCCUGACAUGAAUAAUAGUCAUGUACUGAGCAGAGAAAAAUACAGAGCAAAAGUUCCGGGAAGAAAAAGAUUAGUUACUGAAGUAGACAUGUUGCUGUCGCAAUUCUGCUGUGAGCAAAUCAAGGCAGAGGGGAAAACAGUCUGCGACCAAGAAUGACAGGCCUGGGAGAAUGUCACAGCAAUUGUGGGGCCAUCACUGGCAAGAGAUGAUGGCUGAUUGCUUUGCGUUCCAUGGCAAGUCCAUCCUGGAGGACAUUGCACACCCUUGCUCAUCUGUGGCCCAACCUUUGGCGCUGACAUUUAAAGUGUUGAUUUUGGAGCACUUAUGCUAAUUGUUGUAAUUUUCCUGAUGAAGCGCCAUUCUGAUACCUUGAUGUGGCCAAGAUAGUUUUACAUUUUCUAUGUGCUCCUCUUUGCCAUUUGCUCUGUGUAGUGUCAGCUCAGAGUGCUACUGAAAGCAGACAAAAUUGCAAGCAAAUUGCAUCAGAUUGCCAACAUUGUGAAAAGGUAAAUUGCUUGCAAAUCUAUUUAAACCACUGGCCUAUUUUCAUCAGCUAUGGUACUUGGUAUUCAUGAUUGCUUAAUUGACGACCUUUUCUAUUGUGUAGUGCUUUAUGGUGCGAUGGAAAACAAUCUUUACCAAACCAAUUACCCUUUUUUUCCCCUCCUCACUACUACAUUAGAGCCACGAUUGCUACAGCUAGUCCUUUGUAAAUGAACUUUCUGGUUUCAGAGAAUAAAGUGUCAUUUAUUUAAUAUGAUGUUUUUUUUUUUUUUUUAUAGUUGAAAGCUCUGAUUUAAAAGCUGGACUGUUUUAGUUAUGCCCUGUCUGUGUGUGCCAGUAAUAAGCUCAUAAUAACCUUGUCAAUGUGAGAGACUUGUUAAAUAUAGAAAUAUUUUGUCACUCUUUCAAUCAUGAGCAUUUACCUACUGUUCAGGCUUUAUAGAGCUUUGGAUGUGGCAUUUUAGAUGUGAACAUUUGUUGCAGUUUUACAACAGUUGACAGUGGAGUAAAUGAUGAGCUUUGACUUCAAGCAGAGCUGCUUUUUUAAUGCUGGAAAGAGACUCUUGCACCCUCAAGUACAUUUUUUACUCAUAGAAUUUUAAAAGGUUCAUUUGUACCGUUAUAUCUUACAACCUUUAGCCUUCUCUCUUUUUUAUGUGUUAGUGGUAGUAAAGGCAGAUUGUAUUUAUUUAGGCCUAUUUUGUCCUUUUUGUGGUAAAUGGAAUUCAAUUCUUUGUAGAUUUGUUCAGUAUUUCCUCAUCUGAUGAGUGUUUACUGUGUUUCUACUGUGACUCUUGUGUGCCCUGUCUAUAACUUUACAUCCUGCAAUAAAACAGUAUGUUAAAUCGAAGCUCUAUGUCUGCCUCUAAUUUUCGCUGUGGUGAUAUUUCCUUUACAAUACUUUUCUAUCACUUACUUUUCUUUAUUCCUCUUUUUAUGUUUGUACUCCACAUGGCUAUCAUGCUUGCCACAGCCUGUUAAUAUAUUAAUUUCUGUAAACUAGAUAAAAAUCACUGUAACUGGAAUAAUUGCUGCUGACUUGAAUUUAUAUCUAACUAAGCAAAUAGCAUUAUGGAUAUAUAUAUAUAUAUAUAUAUAUAUAUGUGUGUGUAUAUAUAUAUAUAUAUAUAUAUAUAUAUAUAUAUAUAUAUAUAUAUAUAUAUAUAUAUUUUUUUUUUUUUACUUCUGGGGGAAAGGCAAGGGAGCUUAUUUCAUCAAAUGCGUCUCAGAAUAACUGGUUUAUCAUUUAGACACAGAGGUGUCAUUAUGUCUUCCCUCCACUGACUUUUUUGUUAAACUUUUUUUUGUUCAACAUGUUUGAAUAUCUGACAGUCCCAAGAUUCUCUUUCCCAAGACAGACUUAGUACUUCUGUUCUGACCAUACUGAGCUGCUGUCAGUCUGCUCAAUUCUCCUUUGCCAAACAGGCCAACAGAAUUAACCCUGGAUUAACCCUCCAGGCCUGAGUGCAAGGUAAUGGCCCUGGAUAAUGGCCGUGUGUGCCCAGUGCCAGGUACUAUUGACUCUCGCUGGCACUGUUUGCUUCAUCUGAGGGGCAGUGUGACAGCAUGGCCAUUUCUGUACAGCUGGCGUUUGAAAGCCACUGCCAGACUGGGAUAAUACUCAGCCAUGCCAUCCCACUCAGAUCAUAAGGAGCACUGCUCUCUGGCCCUACGUCCAAUUUGACAAACAUGGGAAUGGAUCCUCAAGGAGAACAUGAGCUAUUUACCAUAUUCACGUGGCGGCCAUUUUCCUCUGAUGUCACACUCAGGGUGAGAAGCUAAAUAUAUUGCCUGCUGCUAUUUUCCUGCAAGAACCAACCUGAAUUUGACAGCGUUAUACAACAAUAAAUAAUAAAAUCCUCGCUGACAUUACUGCUGAAUUAUUUCAGGUUGUCAAGUUGUAUCCAAAUUUAGAGGCUGCAUCCUUUGACGGUGGCGGUUCAAGACCAGCUGAACUGGUGCAUUUCAAGCUGUCUCAAUUUGAAGUUUUAUUUGAAUGUGGCAGACAAAUGCAUACUCUCAGGCCAUGGGGGAUGCAUUGGGUGCAUCCUUCUUAGACUAGAGUCUCAAUCAGGCUGCAAGCUCUUGGUGUUGAGGAAUGAAACCAAUGCAGAAGUGCUAACAGCCGCAGCUGCUUAAAUGUCCACUUAAAAAAGCACAUGUAAAAGUCCUUCCUGACAGGAAAAUCAAAUGUUUACCACUUGAUUAAAAAAAGCUUUGAUUGAAAUGAUUUUGUCUCUAGCCCCUAUCUGUGAUUUUUUUUUUUAACCCAGUGAUUUCAAAGACAUUCGAGUGCCUCAACUCCAUCUCUUUUUUUUUUUCUCGUGUUGGUUUGGCCAAACGUUCGGUUUAGUCAGCAUUUCCAUCAAGGCCUCAAAACUUUGCUUUAGAAACCAAGAGGCGAUGUCCCUGAGACUGGAUGACCAUACGUCCUCUUUUACUCAGACAUGUCCUCUUUUUGGGGGGCUGUACGGCCUAUCCAGCCUUGUCUGGCCUUGUUGAGGGGAGUUUAUAAAAUCCUUUAAAUGUCCAGGGACUUACUGAGUUAGUAGUGUGUGAAAAACACUCGACUCGACCAGAAAAAAUCAAAAUUUACUAUGUGCGACUCCGUGACGCCGCCCCGGGUAGUUGUGUCCUCUUUUUGGGGAUUCAGAAUAUGGUCACCCUACCUAAGACUAAGCCCAUGUAUUACACAGUCUUUGGUUCCAACUCAAUCAGGCGGCCCGUGUACUAAUGAUGAAAACCAAAAGACCAUGAUGCUCAGAAUUGUCUUAAAAUAAUGGGUAAAGUUAGGUGGUCUACACAGACUAAUGAUGCUACCCCCACAUUAGGACACAGCUUAAGUGUGUUAUCUUUCUAGCUCAGUGGGUUACACUUACAAUUUAGCUCACCAGCAGUUUAGGAAAUAGGAGAAGCAUACCCUUGGUUAAUAAAACUUGAAUUCUGGUGUCAAGUUUCUCCAGAUUUUUGUGAACUUGUGACAUGGUCCAACACCUCCCUGUUGUUUUUAGAUGAUGACUUACCCCAAAAAAGUGAAAUGAUAGUAGUAUGUCAGAUGUUGGCCCUCUCAGGAUCUGAGCUGACACAUGUUUUUCUGUUUUCCCAGCUGGUCCAGAUCUUCAAACUAAAAACGAUAACAUCUUGUAAACAGUUUGUCAUUCACCGACUUUCAGAUUGCUUCAGUUCUUAUCGGCCUGACACUUUAGAAGCUGUGACAGGCUUUAUUUUAGUCCAGUCAUAUUCUUCUCUGGCAGCUCUCUCUGCGUGUAGUCGCUCUUGUAUAUAAACAGCUCUCAUCCUCAGUUCUUUUGUGCUCAUGUCUUUGCCUGAGGUGAGGGAGUGUAAGUGUAAUUCAGGCAGCGGGGGGAAUGAGGAAGGGGACUCAAAUCAGUCUGAACAAGAAGAAGGGGAUCUCUUUUCUUUUAUAUUAGCUCAUUUUAACUGCAGUCAGGGUUUUAUGUGGACAGGGGAUGGGUCCAGUGUGUGUAUAUGUGGGUGUUAGUGAGAGGAAGAAGAGGGGGGUGGGGGGUAUAACCCUUCCCUGCUAUUUUAACAGACCCCAGCCCCCCUGAAUGUGGAGAUUGGGGUGGGGGCUGUGAAUUUUCUCUGAGUCAGGGCAAAGCUGAUUGAUCUCUGAGGGUAAAAUCAAUAAGGAGACACUGUCAUUUUUGUAAAGGAUGAGUUGGAAAGAGAAAAUAAAUGAAGACUCCCCAGACUGGGCUGGAUGUGCAACACGCUGAAGCUCUGCUCUCAUUAAUUCGGUGUAGUCGGGUGUUUUGGUAAUGUUGUGUCCACAGCUUCAAUCUCACAGGUGCCUCUCUGUGGCAGCAGCAGGGCCUUUAUUACACUAUGUAUAUUUCAUGCAGACAAAUCAGACACUUGCCCUUGCACCCCCUCCACGUCUUGAUUUCUGAUUAAUCUAUUUUGUUAUUUUCAGAGGUAAAUCACACCAGGGGUUGAUUAAAUCAGGAAUUGAAAGCCAUUGUCUUUCUUGCAUGUCCCUUAUCAGAACUAAUGCACCGGCUGUGGUCAUUUGUCUUGAGUUGUUAUAAGAAAUAAAGACUGGUGCACUUUUCUGUUCCGCAAGAUAUUGCAGGAAGAUUAAUUUACUACUUCUCAUCUCUUAGCUCCCCCGUUUACUGUCUGCAACGUCUCCUGUGAUAUUUUUCACGCUUAGAUAUGCUCUUUUCACUUAUUCAUUCCUGUUUCACCUUGGUCUUCUCAUCUAUUAUAUUACACUUCUUGGUAGCACUGAGAGAAUAUAGUCCUCACGGCCUUAUUAGAUUGAUGGUUGCAGAAAACAUUGCAUAAUAUCAACUUUCAGCGGGCCAUUUUUCACAGUAUGCCCCCAAUGUUUCAUUUGAUCAGUGCUCGUGAUUUGCUUCAUGCUCACAUCUCAAGCUAGUGUCUUUGUUUAUACCCUUGUGCUUUGUGUCAUGUAGGACAUCAUUGUCUGAAGCUGUGUAUGCAUGAGCAGUGUGUGCGUGUGUGUGUGCGUGUGUGUGUGUGUGUGUGUGUGUGUGUGUGUGUGUGUGUGUGUGUGUGUGUGUGUGUGGCUUUUAUCAGCUGGUCUCUAAUGUGUCAGUUGUUGCAAAGGAUCCACUCAUCACGCUGCUGUCUCUGCUGUUCAGCAGGGCCAUUAAGGACACAUCAGGCUAUCAGGAGGCAGCUCUUCAGGACUGGCAGGCAUAAAAUACACCCUUUGGCCUCUCUCUGAAUAAUCUUCAGGUCAGAGGGGCUUGGCACAAAGCUAGGGGGCUUUAGAGAAAGCGCUGUGGGACACAAACCUGACAGACUGGAGCCUUAAACAGUCACACAUCAUAUUUAUGGGUCCGCUUUUUCAGUUUACAGACCCCAUGGUUUUUUUCUCUUUUUUUUUGUCAAGGCAAGACCUGAACAGACAGUGUUUUUCCUGAGUUUCAUGCAUCUUUCAACGUCUGAGGAGCAAGACUAACAAGACCGGAUUUAUCUGAAUGUGAAAAACAAAGCAAAUCAGAAAUACUCAAGAGGUUCAGGGACAUCUGUGUUUUGCAAACCAAAGGCGUAAUUCCUUAAACCAAAGAGGUGAAAGGAGAUAAUUUGUAUGUGAAAUACUCAUUUAAUUCACAUUCACUUAGCAGGUUAUCAAAUUAAAUCAGGGCUGUUAGGCCUGCCACUUGGGCUUUUGGGCCAGGCUUCAUGUGUAAAAUUGGCCAACAAGAGAUUUGGGGGAGCGCUUUGCACGCCCCUGUCACGUCAUCUCUUGGCUCCCCUCAGGAGGCCGAUCCCGGGGUCAGUGCUUGUGGAGAGAUGCCUCUAUGGACUGCCACAGGGCGACAGGACCACAACACCACCUCCAGCUGGGCGACUUAUUACAGCCCUGCUUUUUCUCGCCCCCUCCUCACCUGCCCCAGCCCAUUCACAACAUCAUCAAGCCAUCACAUAUUCAUGAAGCUGGUGGUGGAGUGUGUGUUUGUGAGGGAUGGGUAGUGGUGGUGACUGUGGUGAUGGUGCAGCGGUUAGGAGAGUGCAGUCAGAGAGACUGUAGGGGGGUGAGUCUGCAGGUGGCUGUCACAUCCGUAAUUGCCUCAUACUUCCCUCUGCAGCGUAAAAUUGUUUUCAUUAUGUGUCAUGCACACAGUGCCAGGCAAGGGCCCCUUGAGAGCGUUCCCAAGAGCCAGAGGGAGGAGGCACUCCACUUAAACAGCCGCUUAGCUUCAAAUAAGAAAGGAGAAAAGGAGCAGAGAGAGGAGGUGGAGGAGGAGGAGGACAGGAGAGAGGGAAGGGGUGUGGAAAAAAACAGAGGAAGCUCAUCAUUAACUGUGUUCGAACAACAGCAGACAAGUGUGAGCUCAUGCACAAAAACCCGGGCAGAGCUUAUCCCAAACAUCUCAGUUACUGGGAGGGGGGGAGUUGUAGCGGCUUCAACCACACUGUGAGCUCCUGGAGGGGGCUUCCGUGGGCAGAGGGGGGAGAGAAAGCAAGGAGCGGGGGAAAAGAAAAGGAGAAGAAGUUUCCACCUGACUGGAGUUCCCAUGGUUUGCCAUGCAGGAGGGUAAGCAGGUUUUAGCAAUAAACUCAGGCAUUGUCAGGCAAUAAUGCUCAGUCAGGUCCCUCCAUUGGGAUUCAAGGGUGUCUUUUUCUCUGCUCCCUGCGCUGCACUAAUCACAGGCCUACUUUGUUUAAUUGCAGCAAAAGGGAGAAAAUGUGUUCAAGAAGUCAUCCUAAUCCCUCCCUGCUCCCUCACCGCAGCCCCAGCUCUGCUCCUCCGUAUUCCUCUGCUCCCCACCCCCUCUUUCCUUUUUUAAUGAGUUGUGGAACUUCACAGAGACAACAAACAGCAGAGCCAUGAUAAAUAAAGGACAGAGCAGAGGGGGAGUGGGAAAGGUAAGAGCCUGAGGUGUUGGCUAGUUAUCUAUGAAAAAGAAAACACUUCCGCUGGGUGUAAGCGCCUGCAACAAGUGCCAUUACGGUGUUUCUUGGAUGCUGCUGCUGGUGCACAGGAGGAUCAGAUUGAAAAUAAAUCCUGCUGGUAGCCCGCUGGGCAUGCAGCCUCAGAAUAAUCACUGCUGUAAAAGCAUGUCAAGGCGUUCUCAAUGGACACAAAUUCGCUCCCUCUAUUUUUCAAUUGCAGAUUUAGAAACUUGUGGUGCUGCGCAUUGUAUUUGAUGACUCUGGGGUCACAAGCAUCAGGGGGGCAAGGGAGGGGAUUUAUCAAUCAGGACUCCUCGUCUUUCUAAAGCUGAAUAAAAAGCAACCCAUGAAGACACAAACCAGCUCUUCUUUUAACCAAAGGCCUUUCUUAUUCAUUAGAUCCGGAUUCUGGCUUCUCCCUUUACCUCCUUUUCUGGAGUUCGAGCCAUCGGAGGCGUAGAGAAACGUUCAGUGAGACAAAAUUCAAAACAAUCCUCGCACUAAGGUUCAAGAUGAUGUCAGGCAGUCACCCUCUUAGGUUGAUCAUUAUUCUAAGUUUAUAUUUCGACCAGCUGACACUGUGUUUCAUUAAAUCAAAAUCCUGCAAAGAUUCGAUGAUCCAUUCAAACAUCAGCUCUUAAGAUAUCAGAUGAUUGACAGUUUUUAUUGAAAAUCUAUUGUCGAGUAUAGCCAGUCAUUUUAUGCUGUUCAGUCUUGUUUUUGCUGUCAAUCAUUUUCCUUUUGAGCAGAUUUGAUUGACAAAAGGAAUAUUCAAAUGUCAACAAGUUGUUGAGUAAUCAGAGAGACAAGUGUGAAAUAACUAUGCAUGCAGGAAAUUUGGCGUGAACGCUUUAUGGGAACCAACAGAAAUGUCUCUGAAUCAUUUUAACCGUCAGCUAUCUUUAUCAGCUAUGAAAAUGACACCAAACCCUAUUGGCUGCAUGAACUGCAUAUGCAGUGAGUAUUUGACUAUUAAGUACUCCUUUUGAUUUGUUUUAAUGGAUAGAAAUAAAGCCACAAAGGUCUGCAUUAAUGAAGUUUUAUCAGAUGAAAAACUGAUAAUGAAAAAAUCUGUAUGAGAGCUUUGUAAAGGAAUGUAAGAAACCCUCCUUUAGGCCUAAGUGGAUAAGGGUUUAGAUGAGAAAAUCCACCCUAAGUAAACGACUUCCCAUGUGACCUGGGGCAAGUCACUUAACCUCUGUCUUCAUGCCCACCACCCAAGUUUAAACAAGAGGAUUGCUCAGUUCCAUCCCUAUACACUCCUGAGGACCCUGCACACCAAAUCAUUUAGCUCAGGGUGAAAAGCCCUCCUCACAGAGCUCUCAGAGUAAACAAAUCCACUUUUUUAUAAUGUCCCGACAACACUGCAAAGUCACAUCUAAAGCAAACAUGAAUACAAGGCAGGACAACACUGCCUCUCUCUCUCUCUCUCUCUCUCUCUUUCUUUGAUUUGUCUAAAAAAUGAUUGAAAAUUACCCCAGCACUGGUUUUAAUCCUCUGAACCAAAAGUCAGAAUUUAAUGUGUUCGUAUUUGGAUUUUCUGAGUCUGAUGCUCAUAUUCACAUUGUCUUAGUUUUGCAUUUCUCCCAGUUUGUCCCUUAACCUUUGUGAAUCCACCAGAGACUGUUGCAAGCCAAUGAUCGCCCGUGGUUGCCUGUGAAUGUAGCAUUAUGGCCCAAUCUCUUUCUCCCUCUCUGAAAGACUGUUUAAAUGGUUUGGUUUAUUAUUGGCCGAGGAAGGCUAAAGGCUUCUGUCAGCAUUCGGGGAGAGGGAAUCACUGCCUCUUAACUGGACAGCUGUUCCGGCCUUACCCCACUUUUCAUAUGGAUAUGUAUGUUAAUGACAGGCAAUGGACUGGAGAUGAAGAGGCCUGAGCGCUAGGCCUCUCUUCAGCGCACUUCUAAAGCUGCCACAAAAGGAGCAGUAAAAGAGGCUGCAAUGGUGAAGCUCCCACUUUUGUGCCCUGAAUUAGUUCUGCAAGCAAUGAAAGUGAUCUUUUCUGGACGACCGGGGAAGUCUGCCGAUGGCUGGAUCGGCUCAUUAGCACAAAAGUCUGUUGGGACGUAUAAUUGACUGAUGCAGAUCCCCCGCCUGUCACAACACAGCACAGGCUGUGGGAGAAAGCACAUACAGAAAGACACCUUUCCUCUAAAAUCUCACCUAACAGUUUACAUUACAGCCCCCUCCCUCCCCUGCUUUAGGUGCUGUCAUGUUUACUUCCUUCAUGCUAAUGUUGCAUCCCACUGCCUGCUGAUGGCUGAGAAUCACCGCUUCCUGUGGCUGUCAACACUGUUGAUGUCACCUCUAUUGACUUAACCCAGGAGAAAGAAAAAAAAAACUGAUACCUCAACCUGUGUUUGAUCUGAAAAGGCCUCGAUCUUUGGUGUUUAAGAAUUUCAGAAAAUUAAAUAUUGUGUUUUCAAUGAUUUAAUCCAGAUUAUGAUGCCAAAAAACAACUUCACAAUAUUUGCUAAACUCUGCUGCAUUUCCUGACUGUGCCGGGGCGGUUUGCAGUUGAAAAUCGGAUUUGAUUUACCACGUCUUGUGAGAGUUUCUGCAUAGAAAAAACAUAAAAUCACAAGUUAAUAGCAUGUACAAUUAUCAAACUCAUUUUCCUGGUGUACACCAUGAAUCCUUUUCUCUUUUUAGUCACAUUUGUGGAUAGAGUCUGGAGUAACAAAUAUGCCCAGCACACCAGAAGCCCCUAAUGGCUGCAUCAUGGUUAAAUUGACUGGAAAAUGCUGUUUUAAUUUCCAUGUUAAUUGAAAUGGACUAAUUGUUAAUAUAUUCUGAGAGCAGAGCGCCAAAAUGGAAUAAUUUCCCAGAAAUUUAAUCCAUUUACAAAUGGCUUUGGAGCUGAUCAUAGUUUCACAGUGUUUGUCUAGCCAUGCUGAAAAAUGAAUCAAAGAUGACAAAAUAAUUCAAGUUUUAUAAAGUUCUUGUAACUUUUCUCGCACAGCAGACAUUAAUAGUAUUAUUUUCCGGUUAAAUUCAGAGACUACGACAGUGUAAAGGAGUCCACUUGAAAACAAUUGCCAUUGUUUUUCCAUUUUUAAGCCAAAGAAUUUUGUCAAGCAGCUAAAUAGGGUAUUCUUCAUGGUCUCCCUUCUUCACAAGCAACUAUAGAAAUUAGCCCUACGUUUCUCGGCUCUCACACAUGGAUACACACGCUUGCAUGGACACAAGAAAAAUUUCUUUUCUUCUGUCAGCAUUCCUGGCCAACAAUGGCUAGAUUAGUGGACGUGAGGGCCCCCUCGGGGGCACGCAUUGUGGCACAGAAUACCCUCGGCAGGAACAGCUGGUAGGGGUUAAUGGCUACUGAACCUCUCAGCCGGAGCCCUUUCUCUAUUGUGUGUUCCGCUCAUGGGAAGGAAGGGGGCCGCUGACAGCUUCUGGGGUGUGAGGAACCCUCAGAACAGCACCCGGGUCACCCCAAAUAGGGAGCAGGGGCAGAGGGUGGGGGGAAGGAGUAAGGGGGAGGGGGACCUUGAUGCAGAGGGUGGUAGGAGGGUGGCAAUGGGGAAGUCUCUGUGGACCAGGAACCAAAAAGCUGCACAUCAACACAGCCAGCAGCAGAAUUAGCAUCAGUGUAUAUUCAGCAGGUAACAAUAAGGGCUGGACAAAGGGAGGGGCAACUGUACACAAGAGGGAGGGGUAAAGAUGACAGUGAGGAGAGAAGGAGGGAGGGAGGGAGGGAGGUCUGUGCUGAGGCUGAGUGACAGAGGCUCGUGAGUUUGUGUUUACAUGGAAAAAAAAAAAAGUACAACCAGUGGUGUCAGUUUAGAGACAACUUCAGGUUCCUGUGAGUUUUUUUUAAAUAACACCACAAAAUUAACUCUAAAACAGCAACUUUUGAAAAAACACCUAACCCUGUAAAGGUUAUUUACACUUACGCCAUCCAAACAGUCCAGUGUGAUGAGCCAGACAGUUGGUAUUAGCACUGUGAAAGCCCCCUCUUACAUAAACCAUCUCCCGCUCCACCUUAAUGAUCCUUUUGCCUCAUUUAAGCGAUAGCCCGACGUGAUCUGGGGCUGGGGUCACUCUGCCUGGUCCUUUCUCCUCUCUAAUAGCCCUGUGCAUUAGUAUUCAAAGCUGCAGAUCCACAGGAGCUAACAGUUGUCGGUUGCUGCCUCUUAGCUCUCCCCUCCAGUCUUCCUCAUGUGUGAAUGACCGUGUGUGUGUGUGUGUGUGUGUGUGUGUGUGGCCCGUGUCACCCUGUCUCUUCAACAUCAUGGAGCUUGAGCCUUGCCACCCAGAGGAGCCCCUCUCUGGCCCUGACAGAGGGACCGCACCUCAGAUUAAAUCCCCCCUGCUGGGCAGCGUGGAGAAGCCCCUUCUCCCUGAUCCAUCCGAGCCUCUCACACCAGUGGCCACACUCAUUAGCCGGCUGAUUAUGAUAGUGUGCCGGUGUAAUGUUUAAUCGAGUCUGACACCUGAUUCGCUGUGUUACAAAUCCUGUCAUGCAAAUUGAGCCAUUUGUGUUGUUUGAUAUGGAGAGAUGGGCUAUGAAAUGAAAGAUUAGCCCCUGAAAUGAGACACGGGGGACGUGUGGCCUCUGCUCCUGCCGCUGUGAUUACAAAGAUCAGAACAAGCAUUUUUUUUCCCAUCCCUGCUGGGACAGGACACAUUAAAUUAACAUGGUGGUUUUGUCCCCGCUGGAUUCAGAAAAGCAGCUGAUCACAGAGAGCGUGUCUCAUCUCGGCACAGGAUAAUGGGCCUCUGGGAGCAGCUUCUUGGAAAUCAAAUGUAACAACUGAUGAAAAUAAUUCAAACAUCCUCUUAGGUUUGGCGCCACAUUGGAAGCAAAAUAUGGCAUCUUAUAGGACCCCAUCUGAAUCUGUAUCUACAUGAAAGUGUCAUUUAUGACAUGAAAGAACCAUCUGCCUCUGUUGGGAAGAAUUUCAAUUUCAUUUAAAGACAAAACAAAUUGCUGAUCUGGGCCCUGCGCUGAGUUGAAAUUGUAGGUCGACAUACAGAUGGUGUAGAUUAAAUGUGGUCCAGCACAGCUUGCCAUUUUUCACCGCCCUGUAAUGACACCUGUUUCUAGAAUGGCUCUAGCAAAAUGUGACAGUCUGAACAAGUGGCCUCAAACGCCUCGUGUGGCCUCUCUUAUCAGCCCCUGUACUGUAAACAUUUCAUUUCCUUACCCUGUCAGAAAUGUCUUUGUUGCUGCUUGUUGCUUAGGCUUUUAAUCUGAAAGACAAAGUCAGCCAGACCCCUCCUCUGCUUUCUAUUUGUCUUUCGCUCCCUCCUCCUCUCUCAUCUCCUGUGACAGCGUCGUCUUUCGAGCUACUUAAGUUCAUGUCUCAGUAUUUCUUGCCCUUAAUCGAAGGUGUAAAGGUCCUGUAAAAAUGUUGCUUUAAGUGUCUUGCUAUUUGUCUCUUUGUCAAUCUGAGGUUACACGGCUGAUGUUUAUCUCCAGGUCAACAAUGGAUUACAUUACCACAAACACUGUCUGAUACAUUCAGUCUGGAGGGGACUUUUUUCUUCCCUCCCAAGAGCAUAUUUGUGCAAAUUAAACACUGCGAUGAUUUCAGUGUGUCUGGGCAGGCGGCCAGAGCUUGGCUGAGUUAUUGCAGCAGCACAAACCUUUUAUGUGAGUCAAUUCUGCUCUCAGUGGAAAUCUACCUGUUUUUACAAGUCAUAUCCUCUGAGAAACACCUGUACUGAGCAACAGGCUCAUUGUUUUCCUCUCAGCUACAUCGUAAAGACUGAGAGACGGGGGAGACAACAGCAGGCAGGUUUGCUGAAUCACUCGCGCUUCCUGGCGCCACUCGGCUGACUGAAGAGUUCCUGUCAAAAACACUCCAUCAUGACUGAGAGCCUCUAACUUGUUAGUACCAUUACAUUUAGCUUCACAGGAAACAUAAGCUCAUGUUGGGAGCUGUUACAACUUACCGUCAUUUUGAUGGAUGGCUGCUAAAUUACCGUUUUUAUCAUUUCUCGCUGAGCUAUGUGGGAAAUGAUUUAUCUCUGUGCUGAAUAUUUUGGUAAAUGAGAGCCGAAGAUUGGCAAGAGUUGGUGGAUUUGUGUGCGCAAUUUAAUAUAGAUUUGUUCAAUGUGCAUCCGAUGGGCCAAAUUAGAGCCUCACAAACUCACACUUGACCCUUCAGAAAUAGUAAAAUCUGUUACUUUGUGCACGUUUCACAAAAAAGUGUUUAACGAAUGCAGUAAACAGGCAGAUCAACAAAGACACAAAAUUAAUCAAAAUGGCUAUAAAGUUUUAAUUCAAGAAAAAUCAGGGAAAAAAACUUUUAUGAAAAACAAAUUUAGGAAAACUAUGACUGAAAAGUUUCAAAAUAGUUUUCAGAUUAAAUGAAGCAGUUUGGCAGCGAAUCACUAAGUUAUCACAGGAUCUUAGUUUUUAAGGCUUAUUAUUCAGCCCAUUUCUUUCUUAUGGCCGUUAAGCAUGGACUGCAUGUUUUUUAAUUUAAUUUUUAUUUUUAUGUACUUUCAUUUAGAGGAUAACACUGUGGAUGGAAAGGGAAACCAGGAGAGAGAGCGAAGAGUGACAUUUGGGAAAAGGACCACAAAUAAGAACAGCCUUUAUACAAAAGGGGGCAUGAUUUAUCCAGCCAACAUGAUGCUCAAAAGAAAUGCGGGUUUGAUUAAAAAGGUUUUAAAUGUUUGUGCAGAACUUAAUCAAAAAGGCUCCUUUAAAGCAACAUUGUGCUCAACAACUGAAACAAAAAACCUUCUUCUCUAUGUUUGGAGUUGCUUUGUUUCCACAUAUUUUCCUGGGUCACUUUAAAACAGAAUAGACUGGCCCCUCGGCUGUUUUUAUUUGAAAUCAGGCUCUUCUAUAAGAUAAACUGAAUAGGUCUGUUUAAGUUGAUUGAUGGGUUGUUUUUAGCAUUUUUCCUCUUUAUUGUGAAAGACAAUACACCCCCCCCCCCCUUCUCAGUGAGAAACACAGUGUGACUUAUUUUCGUUUUAAAUUACAGUCAAGCUCGUCUUAUCUGUGUUUUGUUGAGUAUAAAAGAGUGACUUGCUCUUUCCUGUUAAAUAUAAAUGUUACUGUUUUCCAAAACAGCUCAGAAUAUUGUAAAGUUAUUGAUUAGCUGUCAUGUUUUGCGGCUCUUAUUGAUGGUACAAGAAUGUGAAAGUAGCCAGCGACCUGGAUGUAAAGAUCAGGAUUUAUUGCCCAGAAUCUUGUGAACAAUUUUAUCAAAAGCCCAUUCCACUGUGACAUUUUUUUUCUCCCAUAAAUCAGCGAGGGGAAAUCUAUCAGUGGACAGUAGUGAGAGAUAGAUGAGCGGAGGGAUGAGAGGGUCAGCAGAGAUUUUUCACUGGUCCUCCCCAUCACAGCCGCAGUCUCACUUUUUCACCUUUAUGAAUUGGUCUUUUACUGACUGGCUGGGCUUUUAAUUUGUCCCACACACCCAGGAAAAAAAAAACCAGAGCAUUUAGACUUUGCACAUAAGAUAAUGUAUUGAUUGUUAAAGCACUGACUCAUAUUUAGAUAGCACAAACUUUAGACAAAUGGUUCUGGGGAGAUGGAUCAACCCCUAUGUUAUUAAUAUCUCGGAUUAUUCCACUUUGAAGCAGAGAUAUGGAGCAUCAGAGGUCUUAAUACAUGUAAUUUGUAAAACCCACAGUGUAAAUUCAUGAGGCUGCAUGAAAAAGGAAAAUGGACAGAGUAUGUGCAGUGGUCAACACUUUGCAGUACUAACAGAUAAAAUGCUUGGGAUUAUUGGUAAAAAAUGCAUUCUUGUUCUCAGGUACAAAGGAAACAGAUUGCAUUUCUGAAUAUAAGGAGAGAGUAUGUGGGUGUAGCACUGCUGCAAAAAUAAGGGGAAGCAUGCAACAUGGUGCAUAAUUCUGAGUGGGUUGUAGUUUUCUCCACUCUGAGUUAACACAAGGAUGCAUGUUUUAAAUGGUUGCUGAAUGGGAAGAAGAGCACACACAUUUAUUCAAAACUCCUCCAAACUGAGUCUGAUGUUUUCUUUCUGGAAAAACACUGUCUCAUUGACCCUGAAAGUUUUUGUAGUUCCUUUUUUUUUUCUUUUUAUUUGAUGGAUUUAUCUCUUUGUCAUUACUCUCAGUGCUGUGUGUUGGAGUACCAAUAGACCAACCACCCAAUCUGACUUGAUUGAAGGCCCACAUUUGCUAUGCGGCCAUGUAAAGUAGAAGCCCUGAAAUAUCACACUGACCUUGGUGUUCCUCUCUGAUUCAUUUUUCCCUGACACUCCUUCUGAGGAUGGGGUUUCUCAGUGGUUACACAUCCUGCUGAUAUACUUGCACUGUAAUUCUUACUGUAACUCAGUGAUAAAAUACUGUAAAGCAGGAUCACAGAGUAUAUUUGUUUUUGUGUGGGUUAAAGAUGAGCAAAUAUAUUAUGCCUGAAGACACUUAAAGGUUGUAAGUCCAUUUUUGUGUUAUCCUGCAUAAACAGGCGUGUUAAUAGGAUCAUUUGUUAGAAGAAUAAAUAACACUCAGAGUGAUUUUUCCGUGCUGCUGGUUGGGAUUCUGCUCCAAACUCAAGUUUUCAGUAUUUUUGUAGCAGUAGCUAUUUUGGAUGUUUUAUUAUGUACUUGAUGCAAUUGAUGUUUCAGCAACUGAUACACCAUACACUGGAAGUUCUCUGUCCUUAAUCAACCCUUUAAAAUAUAAACAUCAUGGAUUUGGAUGUCACUUGAUUAUUUUAUUUUCCUAAGAAGAUUAGUUAUUGUUAAAAGAUGGACAAAUAAGACCUGAAAAAACUUCAUUUUUGUAGUUAUUUAGCCCUUUAAUGCCUUUUGUGUCAUAUUUGAUACGUACUUUUAUGAUACUUCUAUCAAAUCAAUAUGAUCAACAAAACCCGAAUACAGUCUGAUAAGUGAUAAAAAAAAUGUCUUCUUGUGGUUUAUCAGUUUCCAAAAACAUCUAAUGUAUCAAACGAGAUAAAUAAAUAUAGUUGUUAAAUUUUAGGGACAUUUUGAUUUUUUAUUUGUUUUUCAGUAGUGAAAUAAACAUUUCAGCUCCAAAAAAUUCCAAUCUUCUGGCCAUAAUUUGUGGUUUCAAGCAUUAAAGGGUUAAAAUUGUUUAGAUUUUUAAAACUGAUUUAACAAACACGGAGAGGACAACACUUGCCAAACAAAUAUUAUUAAAUAUUAUUUGUUUGAAAUUACUCCAUAUUUGUCCAAAACUUGAUACUAUGAUACAAUGCAUUAUGAUGAUGCAUUACGAUUCAAUAUGAUACACUCAAUACAAUUCAAAUCAAACCACAUCACACCAUACUUUCACAAUCCAACAUAUAGUGACUCAUGAUUUACAUUAUUAGUUGCUCAAACAGGAAGUAGUUAAUUGUGACUUUACAGUAUUUGGUGGAACACAUAACAUGUAAUAUGAGCAGAUAUGCUUUAACCAUACAUUGCAAACUUUCCCCUGUGUGACUUAUGUGUGAAGAUUUAAACACUGCUGUGUAAUCGUGGUUUUCUCUCUCUUUACUUAGCACCCCCCUGCCCCUCCUCCUCUUAGCCAUCCUGUGAAACAGUUUUGCGGUGAAAAGGCUUCACGGUGUUGUCAGGUGACAUUGUUGGCAUACUUGUUUCCUGUGCCCUCUGGGACAGAAGCAGUGAACACAAGGGAUGAGUGAGCCGCCUAGUGUCGUCUACCUGUCUGAUUUACUGUCCCUCUGUGUUUGAAGUAGGACAGGCGGAAUUCAUUCUGCUCUGCUUCUUUGUGAUCAGUCUUCCCAGAUUACAGCCCAGGUGAGGCCCCUCGCCAUCCACCACAGGAUAUAGGAAGUACCUGUCUGUCAUAGCCCCUGGACGUAGGCCCUGAACUCUCUGUCCUGAAGUCAGCCUGUGUAACAUGUUUCAGUGUGUUAGUUAGACUCAUGCUUAUUCAUGGUAACUUGUGCGAGUGUUGGCUAACUUUAGAGCUUAAAGCUGUAGUGUUUUCACAUUCCUCCAUAGGACGCCGUAUGCAUGUAGUGUGAGAGUAGCCUGCGGCGAUUGCACUGUGGUGUUUUAACCUGUUGUGCAUCCAGACAACCCAGUGUGAGCCUGGCGUCAGCAAUGUUUUCAUUGUCAGACCUGUUCAACACGUGGUAACACAAGCCAAUACUUGAAAUGCAGGGGUUUGGUUUUUGCUCUUUUUUGACAACAAACAGCAACAAUCUCCGCAGCUGACGAUAGACUGGUCUUGGGUAAAUGUCAGCACGCUGGCUAUGUUUGGUACUGUCAUAAUGAUGUGAGUUUGAACCUGAAAAAACAUUUUUUUUUAUUCCAAGCAUCGAUUUCAGUCACCUUAUAGGCCUCACAGACUAUAUAACACUGUUUCCAUACCCAUCAAAACUGCCCUCAUGUUUGCAGAGCGUAAGGACGUGCUAAAUAUUUAUAUAUUUUCCAAUUCUUCACUCUUCCCUUCUAAUCAGCCACCAGAGUAUCUGAGAUUCAGGACAGAGCGAGGCUGUUACGGUGUGUCUGAUUAGAGUCAAUCAACAGGGGGGUGAAACCAACAUUUCCUUCAAAACAACCACACACAGGUCCAGAAUUUGUCCUCUCACCACAUCAGCUAAUGGCAAAGCCAAAAAUGUGCAUAGACCAAAUGACAGCCUGAUUGUGAGCAGCACGCUCAUGUGGAAAUGGGAUGCUGAUUUGGUGCAGUUAGAGGGGAUCCAGAGAGGGACAAGGCAGAAUAUAAUCAGCACCUCUAAAAGUUCAACACCACACCAGAAUCAAAGAGAUUGAUUGGGGGAGAUUUUGUAAGGUAGCUGAUAUAUCCUAAGAACAAACACAAGAUGCCUUUAAGGUGACAUUUUUUCACCCAGCACAAUCAGAGUGUUGAAUCAACAAUGUUUUGUAUGAUUGAGAUGUGAAAUUGAGACUCUGGCUGAAGUUGAUAUUCAGAUUUGAGUGCACCAGGUGCAUAGUGUGAAAUUCAGUCCCAAUGAUGGGUACAUCUUGCAGAACCAAUAAAAAGAAUGACAUUUUGAUAGCUUAAUUAGGCUAUUGUGAAGAUUGAUAAGGUGUUUUAAUUUUUCGUUUUGUUAUACUUUUCUUUAUUGCCUCAAAUAUUUUCAUUUGCACUGACUUUUGAGGUUUUUUUUGCUCUGUCAGCAUAAAAAGGAUAACUAAACUAAAACAAAAAUGCAGCCCUCUUUUCUCCACCCUGAAUUGGCUGUUUUUACCUAUAUCAGUGUUUUAUAUCUGUCUGACCUCUGAGAAUGCGGGCUUUGGAGAUUAUUUGCAGAUUGUAAAAUGUAUUUUGAUAACACGGCUUGAUUAUGUUGUCAAAUGAUAUUUGAAAACCUGUGAUUUUCUAACACUGACGCACAGUAAACUAUAGGCUGUUGAUUUGUGUCAUCUUGACUCCACCAAGUCUCCAGCUAAACCAUUUAAAAUUUACUUUUGGAUGAUAUAUUUGCUAAAACAUUGCUACCUUUAUUUUUUUUUAAACAUCUUUGUUCAGUCUCAUAAAUCUGAUCAGUUUCUUCUUAAAUCAAUCAGUUGAAUUAAACCAUAUUAAAUUUAUUGUACCCCACAAUGAGAGUAGCAAUAUUGUCCUAUUGACCGUGAUGAGGUCAAAGGUCAAAUUGACAGUAACAGAUAAGAUUUCAGAUGCAAAAACAGCCUUUUAUUUGACAAUAAAGUGAAUGACUGCUGUGAAAUAAACAUCACUACAGGGAUGUACAUUAGCAUGUGUCAGAUAAGAGACUUUCAAGUGUCUUUGCUGAACUAAAUAAGAACCAUUGAUCAUUUAGCAUCUCAAUGGCCACCUUAACUCUCAAAGCUGUCAUUGUUUUUAUUUAAGGCUCAGGCCUUUGCUGCUGCUGCUAUCAGAUGAGUUUCCCAUUGAGGAGGAAAUCAGAAGAAACCAACAUCUAAGUAAAGAUGAGAGGCUGCUGAGAGUGGAGGGCUCAAAUGAGCUGUUUUUGUCUUGCGUCACUGUAGAGUCACUUCAAUGCAUCACUUCAAGGGAAGACAAGGUAACAGGGUGAGCUCUUACAUAAGAAAGAUCAUGAAUAUUGUUUGCUUUUUAAGAUGACUCCCUCCUCUCAAUUUAUCCCCGUAUAUCUAAUAUCUGCCCCUGGCUGACUGACACUUGGUAAUGAAGUCUUGGCAUGACAUCGUUUUUUUCAAAAAGAAAUUUCGGAAAGGCUGAUAAUUGGAAUGUAAAAAAAUCGCUUUAUCUACCCCUUGACUCUUAGCUUUCAAAAUAAAUGUUCAUUUUGCUCUCUAAGAGCGUAGCUUUUUUCGAGAAAGGUUUACAAUCUCUAAGACACCUAAAAAGUAAGUUUAAGUGAGGUCAAUAUAGGUUUUGGUUUCAUUUUGCUGAAUGUAAAAUGCUGAUUCUUUUUUAUUUUACAUAAAUAAAAUGUUAAUGGCUAAUGGUUUGAUUUUUGUUUUUAACUGUAUAAUAUAUUUUUUCUUCUUCUAUCUAUCAGUGUGGUCUGAUCGUCAUUAUCCGCUGCUCCAAGUGUGCCUGA